AUGCCGAGGAAGAAGAAGGGUAAUCCUGAAGAAUACUUCAAAUUGCGAAGUAUCAGUAAAUACUACAUCGAUUCAUAUAAUGCGUUAUACCAGCUCAAAACGGAAAAGGAAGAAGAAUUAAACACAAUUUACAAAAAUGUCAUAACAGAAUUGAUUGAUUCAAAGAAACAUCCACCAAAAAAUAUUAUGGAGGAUAUUUUAAAUAUCAUUCCGUAUAAUAAUCGCUAUACAAAGUCAUAUUUAUAUCUUGCCAAACUCAUAUCUGAUAAUUAUCAUGUCAAAAAGGCCAACAGUCUCAAGAGUAUUCCCAACUUCCUGUUUUAUAAAGAAUAUGGAAUUAGAUUAGACAAAUUUUUUGGUUUCAGUGAUAUCAAAACAGAUAAUCUCGAUAUUCAUACACAAAAUACGAUCUACAGCGCAAUUAUGUAUAAUGACAAAGAAAGAUUCAUCAUAUUUACUAGAACAGAUGGAUUUGAUAAAGAUCAAAAACUCAAAAGUUAUUUAUAUCCAGAUUCUAAAAAAGGAUAUUCAUUACUUGAAUUAUGUUGUUAUCAUGGAGCUGUUGAUUGUUUCAAGUUAUUAAGAACGAAAUUUAACUCAGAAAUAACUCAAGAAUGUCUUGAAUUUUCAUUUUUAGGAGGAAAUCCAGAGAUCAUGAGCGAAUGUUUGAAAUAUCAAAAACCAACUUAUAAGUGCAUGAAAUAUGCAAUUAUUUCACACAACAUUGAUUUUGUUACAUUCUUGAUGAAUGAGUACAAAUUAAAGAUCGAUUUAAAACACUGUGGAAUUUAUAAAAAUCUUGAUACAUUUUUAGUUUAUUUCGAUAGAACUCAUAAUAUUAAUCAAUGCUUUAUUGAAUCGGCGAAUUUUUCUAUUCCAUAUCUUUGUGAAUAUUUCCUAUCACAUGGUGCAUAUGUCAAUGCAAAAGAUAGUGAUAAAGAAACCGCUCUUCAUUUUGCAGCAGCACAUAAUUGUAAAGAAAUAGUCGAAGUUCUUCUUUCACAUGGUGCAAACGUCAAUGCAAAAAAUAGUUCUGAAUACACCGCUCUUCAUUUUGCAGCAGAACAUAAUUGUAAAGAAAUAGUCGAAGUUCUUCUUUCACAUGGUGCAAAUGUCAAUGCAAAAAAUAGUUCUGGAUACACCGCUCUUCAUUUUGCAUCAAUUUAUAAUUGUAAAGAAAUAGUCGAAGUUCUUCUUUCACAUGGUGCAAAUAUCAAUGCAAAAGAUAAAUUAUUUGGAAAAACCGCUCUUCAUUUUGCAGCAGAACAAAAUUAUAAAGAAACAGUCGAAGUUCUUCUUUUACAUGGUGCAAAUAUAGAUGAAAAAGAUGAAUAUUCUGAAAAAACCGCUCUUCAUUUUGCAGCAGCACAUAA